AUGAUGCCUGGGUACGGCGGCGGCGUGCGGCACCGGACAUGCCGCAUGUACUGGUGCUACGAGUGCGCCCGGGCGCUCCGCAUCAUCUCCUACCCGUCCACCGACGUCUUCUGCCCGCGCUGCUACGGCCGCUUCCUGCACGAGAUCGACCCGCCGCCGCGCCCCUCGCUCCCGCCGCCAGGAUUCUUCCCCUACCACCUGGCCCCGCCGCAGUACGACGGGAACCCGCGAAGCUGGGUCGUCCACGGCACCGGCGUCGGGGGCACGCCCGCGCUGCCAGGACGCGCCUUCCGGCAGCUACCUCCACCGCUAUCCUCAGCGCCGGGGCGGGUCCCUGCACCUGCACCCCCACGCCGACGCGUGCCCUCCCCUCCGCCACCGGCUCCAGUGGCGCGGGGCCCGUCCGCGGCCCCGGCCAUCGACCCGGGGGACUACUUCACGGGCGGCGACCUCAGCAGCCUGGUCGAGGAGCUCACCCAGAACGACCGGCCGGGGCCCGCGCCGGCCGCGACAUCAGCCAUCGACUCGCUCCCCACGGUGCGCAUCACCUCCGCCCACAUGUCGGACGACGGCGGCGGCUCGCAGUGCCCCGUGUGCAAGGAGGACUUCGAGCUCGGGGAGGCCGCGCGGCUGCUGCCGUGCAAGCACGUCUACCACUCCGACUGCAUUGUGCCCUGGCUCCGCCUCCACAACUCCUGCCCCGUCUGCCGCUUCCAGCUGCCCGGCAGCGGCGCCGCCUCCAACGCACGUCGUGGCAGCGGCGGUAGCAAUAACGGCGGCCGUGGUGGAGACACCGGGCAAGGGCAGAGGGAGCCGCCGACGAUGGUCAGGUGGGGGCCCUUGUCGUGGAUGUGGCCGCCGCGCGGAACGGAGGACCCGGACGACGGCUGGGAGUACGGCCGGCACGGGCAUGGGCAUGGCCACGCCCACGGCAGGCCUGACGCGGGCGACGCCGGCGCUUUCUACGCGUGGUGGCGCUCUCUGUUUCUUCUAUAG